AUGGCACCGACCAGCGGGGUCACGACCGACGGCGCCGCAGCCAACGGCCUCGGGUCGAACAACGGCCUGCCCGCGGGCUAUGGCCGUUCGUGCACGAACUGCUCCAAGGCCAAGUGUAGGUGCAUACUGCGGCCCGAGGGCGGGAGCUGUGAGCGUUGCCACCGGCUCGGCAAGGAGUGCCACCAGAUCGCCGCCACCCGCAAGCGCACCUCCAAGAGAUCCACCAGCUCCCGGACGGCGCAGCUUGAGGAGAAGCUCGAGGAUCUCGUCUCGAUACUGCGGGCGACGCAAAAGGGCGACCAGAAAGCCCUAGAUGCAUACGCCUCGACGAAGCCGUCGACGGGGGUUCACCCGUCUUCUCUGCCACAUCUGUUCCCUACCAGCCGCCUCGACUCCCUGGCCGCCGCCGCAACGGCAGACACACCACCCCGUCCGGAGCCCGCCAAGUCUUUCUGUAUUACCCAGUCUUCCUGCAUCGAUUCUGCGAUACCAAACAUCAGCAGCGAUGCGUAUGUGCGACCUGAACCGACGCCGGAGGAGGCAGAGAUAUACAUUGGCAAGUUCCGUGACUGGCUCAAGAACUUUCCAUUUAUGCAUCUCCCCUCCAAUAUCACAGCAGAUGCGCUUCGUAAAGAGCGGCCGUUCCUGUGGAUAGCUAUCAUGAACAUGACGUCAAUGUCCCUGCCGCAGCAGCAGAUACUCAGGGACAAGGUCCGCCAGGAGCUUGCAGAUCGCAUGAUCUUCAACAAUGACCGGAGUAUGGACAUUUUACUGGGUCUGAUUGCAUACAUCAGCUGGGCCACCAUGAAUACCGGACCGGGAACGAAACCCUUUCUCAUCCUGUAUUGCCAACUGGCAACCACAAUUAUAUAUGACAUGGGAUUGACGCGAAACCCGAACGAAGAGCAACAAUCCGGCCUGUACCUGAAGGUUUGGAGUCUGCGGCCAGCCCCACCGCCGAAGGUCCGGACAAUGGAGGAGCGGAGGGCAGCUCUGGCACUCUGGUUUCUCACCUCCGUGUGUACUUCGUUCAUUGGCAAGAUGGAGACGCUCCACUGGACGUCGCACAUGGAAGAGUCCUUGGAGACGCUGGAUCGUGACAAGGACCAGCCUCUCGACGAGGUUCUGGUGGCGCUCGUCCGGUCACAGCUGAUCAACGAAGAGGCGCAGAAGCUUCUGCGCCUCCAGGGGUCAGGCGACAGCAGCCAGGGCCCAACUCACAUCUACAAGCCGGGGCUGCUCAUGCGUCUCGAGGAGCUCCGUCGGCGGCUCCCGGCAGCACUGCAUUCGCACUAUGUCGUGCAGCUGCAGCUCUACGCCACCGAGGCUGAGGUUCACUCAGUAGGGCUCUUCACGGAGCAAGAGAUCCCAGAAGCCACGAGGAUAAGCAGCAUGUUCUCAUGCACCAAGGCGUCAGCAGCCUGGUUUGAGUGGUUCUUUAGUGUGCCGCUCAUGGAGGUGCCAAGCUUGCCCUUUGUCGUCUACGUCAGCAUGUCCCACAUACAGGCUAUGCUGUACCGGCUCACUACCUCGGAAGAUCCGGCGUGGGACAAACAGGUCCUCCGGAACACAGCGGAUCUGCUCGUGCUCCUAGACAAGACCAUCGAUGUCUUCUGCAAGGUCGGAGAAGUAUACUGCCUGCGAACCGACGACAGCGAUGGGACCGUCUUUCUCAAGGGCGCCAGAAUUCUACGAAAUGUGAGGAAUUUCUGGGAGCCGGCGCUGACCCAGAUCCUGAACAACAACCUGCCGACUCCGAAUAGCCAAACGAGUCAGCCGCUGAACACCAUGCCGCCGUUGGAGCCGAAGAUGAUGAUGGACACCAAUCCCGUACUUGGGCCGGGAUUCGAUCUCAACGAUAUGACGUGGAUGACGGACAUUUUUGGACCUUGGGACACAUGA